GAAAACCUUAAAAAAGAAACAAAACAGAGGAAACAGAAAGUCCCCGAUAAGACAGCAAAAACUUUUGUCUGUUAUUCCUGUUUUGCGUUUAGUUAUACUUUCUGUCGCUCCAUUGCACCCUGCGUCCCUGCUCUUCUCCAUAAAACCCACCACCCUCGAAUUAGAGCUGGGUUUUAUUCGCCUUCUCCCUUUCAGCCAUUCUUCUUUCUUACCCAUCUCCAAUUCCUUCUCCCUUCAAAUUUACACACCCUUUUCUUCUCCUCCCUCCAAGAUCUGACCUUUCUUUCAUCCUGCUUCAUCUUUGGCGUUUCUGUUUAACGCAUUUCUCUUUCUGUGAUUGGUUCCUUCCUUUCAUCCACCGCCCUUGCAUUGCAGGGGAAUGCCUGUUUGCUCAUCGUAGAUCAGACUUGGCGCGCAGAGAAAAUUUUCCCGCGAGAUUCUUCCAUUUUAGGUUUUCUAUAGAACGGGAUUUCUGGCUUCCUAACGUUUUCGCCUUUGCAAUUGGAUUGUUAGUUUCAACAUUGUUCUAGUGCCUGGGGAAUGAUGAAGAACUAAAGAAAAAAUGGGGAAGAAAUCAAGUUGGUUAUGUUCUUUUGCUCUCAGUUCUUCCAGGAGAUUAAAAUCAAAGAAGGGACUUGGUACAGCAAAGAGUUUGGACUCGAUUGUUACAACCUACGACGAUCUACCUAGAUUUGAUGUUCCCACCACUCCUCCGUCUCGUUCCGCCCCUCCACCUCCACCUCCUCCACCACCGCCUCCACCACCACCACCACCACCACUGCGUCCAGCCCCAGCUGAUGUGAAAUUAACUGAAGCUGAGAAUGAACAUAGCAAGCAUGCCUACUCCGUGGCACUUGCCACUGCAGCUGCCGCUGAGGCAGCUGUUGCGGCUGCCCAGGCUGCAGCUGAGGUGGUUCGACUCACAAGUGCUCGUAGUUCCGGUAAACCAAAGGAGGAGAUAGCAGCUAUCAAGAUACAGACAGCAUUUAGAGGUUACUUGGCUAGGAGGGCGCUGCGGGCUUUGAGAGGCUUGGUGAGACUGAGGACAAUGAUACAAGGUCAAUCUGUGAAAAGACAAGCAGCUUCAACUUUAAGAGCCAUGCAGACUCUUGCGCGAGUGCAGUCUCAGAUACGUGUAAGGAGGAUCAGGAUGGCAGAGGAGAACCAGUCUCUCCAGCGACAGAUCCAUCACAAACACGAGAAGGAGCUUGAGAGAUUGAGAUCUUCUAUUGGAGUGGAGUGGGAUGCUAGUUUGCAAUCGAAAGAACAAAUUGAAGCGAACUUACUCCACAAGCAAGAAGCUGCAGUUAGAAGAGAAAGAGCCCUGGCUUAUGCCUACACUCAUCAGCAAACAUGGAAGAACGCAUCCAAGAGCGGAACUGCAACAUUCCUGGACCCAAACAAUCCGCACUGGGGUUGGAGUUGGUUAGAGAGAUGGAUGGCAGCUCGGCCAUGGGAAAACAAUAGUGCAGUGGACAACAAUGACCGACCUGCAUCUCUCAAGAGUGCAGUAAGCCGCACCAUGUCUCUGGGCGACAUCAGCAGAGGUUCUUCUCGUCGCAAUCUCAACAAGCCUUCCCUAAGUGGCCAAAGAUCGGGCAGUAAGCCUCCAAGUCGUUAUUCACCUGCUAGUUCGAAGGCUACAUCCAUAUCAUCAGUGACUGGGAAAAUGAAAGGACCGAACCCCAAGGGCAGCAGCAGCAGCACUUGGGGUGGGGAUGAUGACACAAUGAGCAUGUACAGUGUUCGGUCUGAGAUUCGAUACACGAGGAGGCACAGCAUACCAGGGCGGUCCUUUAGAGACGACGAGAGCCUUGCAAGCUCGCCUUCAGUUGCUCCGAGCUACAUGGGGGCAACACAGUCUGCAAAAGCCAAGUCACGGUUUUCAAGCCCAAUGGGGGCAACAGCAGCUAAGAACAAUCGGGCACCGGAGAAGGCAUCUGUUGCAUCAGCAAAGAAGAGGCUCACUUACUCUCCUUCCUCUGCUGGACUCAGGAGACAUUCGGGUCCUCCUAAGCUCGAGGAAUCCCCGUCGAGGAAGUUUGAGGCUGAUCACUUGGAGGAGGAUCAUAUCAACAACGGCGGAAUGUCAAUGUAGCAGUUCAGGGUUCUCAUUUAGGUAUGAGUGAGGAGGAUUGAGAAAGGCCAGAGAAAUAAGAAAAGGAGAAAGACCUGAGAAUGUUGGCCCUGCUGUUUCGCGACGCUCAAACGUUUUCAAUCGCCAUUGAUACUACACAGACAGAACCACUAUCUUCUCGAACGAGUUACUACUGAAUGAAUGCUCUAGUCAUCGAAAUUCCAUAUUUCGACUUCCCAACUUCACGAAAAUGGCUACACCUUUCUUGGCUGGAGUUGCGGUUGCAGCUGCUGCUCUUGCUGGAAGAUGCGGGAUCCAGGCAUGGCAAGCAUUCAAGGCCCGGCCGCCAAGAAUGAAAACGCGCAGAUUCUACGAUGGUGGGUUUCAGCCUAAGAUGACUAGAAGAGAAGCAGCUCUUAUUCUUGGUCUGAGGGAAAGUGCGACCCCAGACAAGGUGAAAGAAGCACAUAGAAAAGUAAUGGUAGCAAACCAUCCUGAUGCAGAUGGUAGCGAUUUAUCUCGCAUCCAAGAUCAAUGAAGCCCAAGAUGUGAUGCUUGGGAAGACAAAGGGGAGUAAUUCUGCUUUCUAGUGUCCAUCUCCAAAGUUGAAAUUUUGCUGAAAGAGGGAAGCAUCUGGUUGAGAGCAGGUCUUUUCCCUUUACCCUAUAGCAUCACAGAAUUUCUGCUGAACUCAGUGAAAUGACAACAAUCUAAAAGAAGGGUUCCAAAUGCUUCCAUGCACAGGCCACGGCUUUGCUUUUAGCUUUGGUUGAUAUCCUGGAGGCUGGUUCAGGCAUGUUUGGUUGUCCUGGUUGGAGCAGAGAAUAUCUUCUUAUGAUAGCAAUAAUGAAGAGCAGUGUGAUUGAGAUAUUUAACAGUGAGAACUGUGGUUUUCUGAAGCAUGGAACAUGAUCAUUGAGCUAUAUCACAUGAAUCACAUUAGCAG